ACAAAUUGUAAUACUGUAUGUUAUCUUCUAGUCUUUUUCUUUUAGUUCUUUGGGACAUCGCUAUGGUGAUUAAUUGGAGGAGGGGUUGAGGAAACUGGGGGAUUUGAACUCUGUCCGGUUGAGAACAUGGGGGUACUAGUGGAGGAGGCAGAGGCGCUGUUGGCUGGAGGGCGGUCGGUUGGAGUGUGGGGGUUGGUGUUUGGUUUGGGAUGGCUAGGGUGGUGGAAGGCGCACCAUGGACUAGAUUGGUUGGUGGUGGGGGAGAGAGGCGAGAAAGGGACUAUUAUAGGCGGACGAACAGCAAACAUGGUGGGAAUCUGGUAGGGCUUGGUGGUGGGGGAGAGGGGCGAGAAAGGGGACUAGUAGGGGCAGAAGAACAGCGGACGUGGGGGGCUUUGGUAGGGCUUGGCGUGGAGGAAUCGGAGGUAAGUGGUGUGGCGGUAUGUGGAGGCUGCGUGAUGUGUUGUUGGCUUGGAGGGAGUGCGACAGCUGGCAAAGGUCCUGAUUGUUUUGGCGGCGACAAAGAUUGGGUGGUGGCUACCGGUGGACUAGAUUGGAUCAAUUUUUUUGAGAUUUGAUUGGGUGGAGUUAAAAUUUCUCGGAUUUAAUAUGAUCCCGAAAAUUCAGGGGUUGAAUUUAAUAUGAUACUGAAAAAUCAAGAGCUGAAUGCAAG